AAGUCGGUGACGAAGUCGCCUACAUUGCCGAAUCCUAAACGGAGCCCAUUAGCACCGGUUCUGUAGCGCCGCUGCCUCCUCCUUCCCCGUCUCGUUCUCUCGUCAACUUUUCUUUCCCUCCGCACCAUUACCAGGCGAAAGAAACCCUAGAAAGGCCCUAGAAAGCGAGCGGAGGCAAAUUCCGAAGAAACCCUAGAAAAGCCCUAGAAGUCGAUCGAUCGACGCCUCCCGAAAAGGAGCAGCGAUGAAUCGGCGGCAGGAGCCCUGCAGGAAUUUUCUUCGCGGCAGUUGUAAAUAUGGAGCCCAAUGCAAAUUUUUGCAUGUAUCUCCGCAGCAGUCAAAAUCUAACUCUUUUGGGUUUGGAACUCAAAGCACUUCCCAAUCUAUACAAACAAGUCAACAGCAGAAGCCUAAUCCUUAUGGAUUCGGUGUACAGAACAACUCCCAAUUGAAAGGCGCAUCCGAUUUUGGUGCCAGAAAUCAGAGUCUAGCCAAGCCAUUUGAGAAUAAGUGGACUCGGUCCUCCUCUGUUGCUCCUUCGAAACAGACAGACACGCAGCCUCAAGCACCUGUUCAUAUAUGUACAGAUCCUGAAUCCUGCAAGCGGCAAAUUGCAGAGGAUUUUAAGAAUGAGGCACCAAUCUGGAAGCUUACAUGCUACAGUCAUGGUAAAAAUGGUCCCUGCGACAUUCUUGGUGAUAUUAGCUUUGAAGAAUUACGAGCUGUAGCAUAUGAAGAUGCCAGACAAGGAUGUAGCCUACAGUCAAUAGUGGAAAGAGAGAGGAACUUACUUAAUUCCAAGCUGCUUGACUUCGAUAAUUUGCUCCGCAAUCCAUAUGUGUUGCAAAAAUCUGGUGUUCCCAUGGUGGGCCCGUCUCCGGGUACCAACAGUGUUGCACCAUUUGGAGCUUCUCAAAGUAAUGCACCACCAGUGUUCUCAAGUUUUAGUCAACUUGGGGCAGUAACAAACGCUGGAUCCAGCUUCAGGGCCUCUGCACCAGGAACCCCAUCAAAUACUGUUUUUGGUCAGUCGAACUCUUUCCAGAAUCCGAGCCAAAAUACUACUUUUGGUCAGUUGAGCUCUUCCCAGAAUUCCAGCCCAAAUAAUAUUUUUGGUCAGUCAAACUCUUUCCAGAAUACCAGCCAAAGUACCAACUUUGGUCAGUCAAACUCUUUCCUGAAUACCAGCCAAGCUUCUGCUGGAUUUGAAAUGAAAUUUGGGCCUCCAGUUGCAUUUGGUAGCCAAUUGGCAAGCCAACCCUUUGGAAGUUCCCCAGGUAUAGGCAUGUCGAACUUCAGCGCCGGUGAUUUCAAGGCUACAAAUAACCAGUUUUUCCCUCAACCCGGUAGUUCAAGCAGUCAAUCUAAAAGCUUUGAUGAUUGGCUAAAAGUUCCUUCUGAUAGCGCUAAUCAGUCUUCCAAUGAGGACACACACUCGGAAAGUAUUGAUGCUAGUAUUUGGUUAAAGAAAGAAUGGUCAAUAGGAGAGAUACCAGAGGAAGAGCCGCCCCAAAGGUUUUGUACCUAAAGGAUUUGAUAAUUUGAUCAGGCAAAAGGUUCUUAUCACUGAGCUUCAAAAUUCAGAGGAGCUUCACUGGGAAAUGCAUUGCUUUCUACUGCUGAUAUAGUGCUUUCCCUCGCACUCUUCAUUGAGUUAUUUUGUGGUCUGCUGCAGUUUCAGGGAAAGCAGAAGCUGAAAAAAGUCUAUUUUCUACUGCCAGAAGCAGAGGUAUCUGAUGCUAAGCGCGAGAAGCCCAACAUUAUGGUUUCAAAAAUAGCUCUUCUCCAGGAACCAGAAAGGAAGAUAACAAGAACAGAGAAAGUCUUAUGUUCACCAGAUGUUUGGUGUUGAUGCAUUACCAGGCAAUUCAUGCAAGUAAAAUUAGAGGCCUUCUUAGAACUUUCGGGGAACAGCAAAUGUGAAUGGGAUUUAUGAUGUAUAAAUAUUCAUGUAAAUUUAGGUGGCAUCUGGCUGGUGCUUCAGGAGUUGCUUGUAUCAAUGAUCCUGUCUCUCUCUCUCUCUCUCUCUCUCAUCUAUUUCUUUUUCAUCAUUUAUACUGAUGUGGUAAGCUUUGUUUUUCUUAUUUUUUCGGUAAUUAUAAUAUUACCAUCGCCCUCAAUGCUGCUAUCCUUGGAUAGUUCUUUUUCGGUUCA